CAAGGAGAAGAUGCUCCCUCUGACCGGUCUGGACGACAAGGCAAUCGAAUCGAAAGUCACAGAGCUAGUGAAGAAUGCGGUAUAAAGCGCCAUAUGGGAAGGGGAUAAACGGUAGAACGAGAAGGCUUAACCAAUGUAUAUUUGUACUAUGACGAACGAAUCUUUUCAUCAGCCGAUAUUUCCCCUUUGCGUCGCUAUCGUCUCACAAUGACGCUCUGCCUGCUUCAAGGCUCUGGUGCCAAACUUACCUUUGUUAUCCCGCUUUCGUUAGAAUAUCUUCAUUUUCACAGCACCAAGUUUCAAUACCUUCCGUUCUCCUCCAUCCCUAAUCCCUUUCGCUAUCGCCUACGAACAGCAUUAUCGACCCCGACAUUCGAAAAACUCACGAAGGCUUUCAUGGGUAACGCCUACAACGUGCUCAGUGGUAUAGGUCAAGAGAUGGGCAAGCGCGCGGGCACUGCGGCUCGCGAGCAGCUCGGUGCCUUGGGCGAGGAGGUUGGCAAGCGUGCCGGCCCCGUGACCGCCGAAGCUUGGAAUCACCUUGCCACCUUUGGUCAGGAUGCGGGUAAGCAUGUUGGCUCUGCCGCGCAGAAGGCUCAGGACUGGAUCGUCGAGCAUCUACGCGAGGCCGCUGCUAUCGCUGCGAGCAUCGUGGCCCCGCCCGUUGCAGCUGGCCUGGCUGGUCCCAUCAUCGGUGCUGCUGGAUUCGGUUCCGGAGGCGUUGUGGCCGGUUCCAUGGCUGCGGGCAUUCAGUCCAGUAUCGGAAAUGUUGCUGCUGGGAGCGCCUUUGCUUUCCUUCAGAGCGCCGGAGCAGGAGGAGCCGCUGCGGGAACUCUAUUCUGGUCUGUGUUUGGCGCUACAAGUGCGGCCGCCUGGGGUGCUACGGCCCCAGGUCUGUCUGCAGCGGCGAGGGAGGGUCGCAGUGAGGGGGAAAGCCGCGAUGGUGAGCCGGACGAUGAAGGAGCUGGGAAAAAGGAGGACCAGAAGGGUAGCGAGCAUGGUGAGGAGAUGGAAAAUGUGAUCAUGAAGCACUGAAACUCCUCUCGAUUGCAGUUCCAGUCACAAUGAUCACCCUCACGAUGAAGCAGCCCGAAUCAGAUGUUUCUCUUCCACAUCAACUGGGCAUCAAUAUUGCUUUACGGGCCCAGAAGACCUUCUGAUUGCUUCAUAGCGGCUGUCCAGGAAACAGUAUUGUAUGUUCCAGCAGUGAGAAUCCUCACUACAUUGAAACCUGGCUGCAUAUGGGCCUAAG